GGAGGCGCUUUAACGGAUGUUCUUUUACUUAAGAUACAUUAUCAGGUUUACGAGGUUCGCCUUAACGGACCGGCGCCAACCACCACAGCUAGCCAUUCAUUCCCCGAUCCGGGCCUGUAUACUUCUCUGCCCGGUCCUCAACACUUGGCAAGACGCCCGCCGUAGGAACCGAUCUCCAAACAUGACAGACCGAUCUAUGCCCUCGUCUUUUGACCAAGACAAGGAGUACAAUGAAACCGGCCUCCAGAAGGUCGGCCGCAAGCUGCGAGAAGAGCCUCUCAUCCCGCUUGGCACGGCACUCACUUGCCUGGCCCUCUACAACGCCUUUCGCGCCACGCGCCGCGGCGACCAUGUCCAAGUCCAGCGCAUGUUCCGCGCUCGUGUCGGCGCGCAAGCCUUCACAGUCGUCGCCAUGGUCGCCGGCGGCGCGUACUACGGCGCAGACCGUGAGAAGAGGAAGGAGCUCAUCAAGCUCGAGGCGCAGCAGCGUGCCGAGGAACGUCACCAGAAAUGGCUGAAGGAGCUCGAGGUCAGGGACGAAGAGGAGAAGCAGCUCCAGGCCGCCAUGAAGCGGCGCCAGGACCGCGUCGAGCAGAGGCGGACGGAGAAGGAGAAGGAGGUAAAAGGGGGAGACGGUCCGAAAGCCGACACCGCUUCUGACACCGACGUGCAGGCCUCACCACGGGAAAAGGACGCGUCCAACACAUCUGGGAGCCGGCUCGGCACGGGGAAAUGAGGAAGCGGAAAGGGACCGGACGCAGCCUUUGUGAGUUAGUACGCGAAGGCAGCAUUCCGGGUAGCUUGAUCCCGAUAGGAAUCGAUUUGGGGAAGACGUACGAGAUACGGCGUCGGGAAUCCCCCAGCCUCUUCCCCAGGUCAUAUUCAAACAAAACGCUUAACGUGAUUGUUAUAUGUACUAUUAAAAGGGGCCGGUUCCAUCAGGCAGCCGGGGUAGGAAGCUGAACAAAACG